UCUCCAUCCUCUGUCCCCUCUCUUCAUCCUCUGUACCCUCUCUGUGUCCCCGCUCUCCAUCCUCUGUCCCCUGUCUCUAUCCCCUCUCUCCAUCCUCUGUCCCCUCUCUCCGUCCUCUGUACCCUCUCUCUGUCCCUGCUCUCCAUCCUCUGUCCCGUCUCUAUCCCCUCUCCCCAUCCUCUGUCCAUCCUCUGUCCUCUGUGUCUGUCCCCUCUCUCUGUCCCCUCUCCCCAUCCUCUGUCCCCUCUCUCCGUCCUCUGUACCCUCUCUCUGUCCCUGCUCUCCAUCCUCUGUCCCGUCUCUAUCCCCUCUCCCCAUCCUCUGUCCCCUCUGUCCAUCCUCUGUCCUCUGUGUCUGUCCCCUCUCUCUGUCCCCUCUCCCCAUCCUCUGUCCUCACCCCAUCCUCUGUCCCCUGUCUCUGUCCAUCCUCUGUCCCCUCUCUCCAUCCUCUGUCCCCUGGGUCUGUCCCCUGUCUCUGUCCCCUCUCCCCAUCCUCUGUCCCCUCUCUCCAUCCUCUGUCUCUGUCCAUCCUCUGUCCCCUGUGUCUGUCCCCUCUGUCCAUCCUCUUCCCUGGCUGUCACCACCUCCGGUCUCCCCUCACCAUCCUCUCCUCCGGCCCCAUAUCGCUGCUGCUGCGGCCGGUGUGCGGGCCUCUCCUCCCCGGUUCUCCCGCCGGUAUCCGGUAGGGGGCAGCUCUCCUCGCUCCUCCCCCGUCACACAGUCACUGUUCCCGGAGCCGCUGCUGCCUGGAUUUGCCGGUCUCCUCCCUCGUUCCUGCAGGCCCCAGCGGCCCAGACUACUCCACAGGUACCCUGUGAAUAAUGCGGUGACUCUGCGCCGGGGCACAGCCACGAAUCACUGUCCUGCUAGGUCAGACAUCGACACGUCACAAACCCUGAGGCCUCCUGUUUUCCUUUUACGCAGCAUGUCCGAGGGCUGGCCUCCCGCACAGGCCCCACCACCCUCAUUGCAGCCUUCCCAGCAGCAGGCACCCCAGCAUCCAAUCGCCCUUGGGGAGCACCCAAACCCAGGCUCUGCUGAGAACCCGCUGGGCUGUGCCGUCUACGGAAUUCUGCUGCAACCGGAUCUUGGCGUCCAGCAUCCUCCCUUACCGCCUGGCGAGCCUCUACACAAAUGUGGCUUGUGCGGUCAUGACCUCUCCCAUCUGGCCAACCUGCAGGACCACCAGUGCCUGCCCUCGGUGAAUCAUGACCGCUCCUUCCAAUGCACCCAGUGUCUGAAGAUCUUUCACCAGGCGACGGAGCUGCUGGAACACCAGUGUGCCCAAGUGGAACAAAAACCUUUUGUUUGUGGUGUCUGUAAAAUGGGUUUCUCUCUGCUGACGUCACUCGCCCAGCACCACAGUGCCCACAACGAGAGUUCCCUAAAAUGCUCCAUCUGUGAGAAGACGUAUAAAUCUCCCGAUGCAGACAGGGCGUGUCUGCCCACUGCGCCGCCUCCCCUACCCGCCCCUGCCCAGUCAGCGCACGAUUCGCAGGACAGGCCCUUCAGCUGCACCUUGUGCCACAAACCAUUCAAGCACCUGUCUGAAUUGUCUCGCCACGAGCGCAUUCACACCGGGGAGAAACCGUAUAAGUGCACGCUGUGCGACAAGAGUUUCAGCCAGUCCUCGCACCUGGUACAUCACAAGCGCACACACAGCUCCGAGCGCCCGUACAAGUGUACCGUGUGCGAGAAGAGCUUUAAGCAUCGUUCCCACCUCCUGCGGCACAUGUAUGCCCACGCUGGCGAGCAGCUCUUCCAGUGCCAGACAUGCCAGCUGCGAUUUAAGGAAUCCUCGCAGUUACUGCAGCACCCGUGCACGCCGGCGGGAGAGCGACCCUUCCGCUGCAGCGCCUGCCAGAAGACUUUCCGCCGCCCGUCCGAUCUCAGGCAGCACGAGCGGACGCACAGCGAGGAGCGCCCCUUCCACUGUGACCUGUGUCAGAUGAGCUUCAAGCAGCAGUACGCACUCAUGAGACACCGACGCACACACAAAGCCGAGGACCCCAACAACUGCACUCUGUGCGAGAAGGGUUUGGUGUACAAUCCACAUGGGGCGGAGAGCAUCUUCAAAUGCAAUGCUUGUCAGCGGGGCUUCAACCAGUCCCAGGAGUUGUUGCGGCACAAGUGCGGGCAGAGCAGUGCAGAGCGACCGUUCCAGUGCAGCGUAUGUCACAAGACGUACAAGCGCUCCUCUGCCCUCCAGAAACACCAGGCCGCGCAUUGUUCUGAGAAGCCGUUACGAUGUACGGCGUGCGAGCGGCGCUUCUUCUCCUCCUCGGAAUUUGUUCAGCAUCGCUGUGACCCGGCCAGGGACAAACCCCUCAAGUGCCCGGACUGUGAGAAACGUUUUAAAUAUGCAUCGGACCUACAGAGACACCGACGUGUACACACGGGCGAGAAGCCCUACAAGUGCCUGUCAUGUGACAAAAGUUUUAAGCAGCGGGAACACCUGAACAAACACCAAAGUGUCCACAACAGAGAGCAGCAGUACAAGUGCUUGUGGUGCGGGGAGAGGUUCCAGGAGCUGGGCCAACUGCAGGAACAUAGUGCCCAGCACACAGCGGAUGGGGCCUUCCAGGUGGCUGCCUGCCUGCCCUGAGUGCACAUGCUUCCAAUACAGGGAAUAAAGCAGUGCAUACAAGGGAAGGUGCCGCAGUGUAAUAGAGCAGGCCUGUCGUCAUGUGCGGUACCCCACUGUAAUGAGCUGGCGGGGAGACUGGGGCAGAGCUAAUCCUUGUACUGAUUCUCCAUAUUAGGUGAUAAUGGGGACUGUCCUACUCCGAGCUCCCUCUGAUGUUUCAUCCAACGGUAUAAUUGCCUCCCGUGCAUUAUACCAACACCGUGACCUGACAUGGUAUAUCACAGGGCUUACACUAAGGUUUAUCGUACAAUACAGUCUCCAUUCUCUUGUUGCUAAGAUACAGCACAGUCCCUAUCCUUUGCUGGCUAUUGUACAUUGCAAUCUUCAUUCUCUGCUUGGUAGUAAUCUGGUGCUAGUGUACAAAGCAUCACUAAUUCCUUAAUGGCCAGUAUACUACAAAAUCUGUAAUCUCCCCUGUUUACUUUGCACCCAUUCUCUGGUGGUCACUGGACAAUGCAGCUGCUGUUCUCUGGUGGUCACUGGACAAUGCAGCUGCUGUUCUCUGGUGGUCACUGGACAAUGCAGCUGCUGUUCUCUGGUGGUCACUGGACAAUGCAGCUGCUGUUCUCUGGUGGUCACUGGACAAUGCAGCUGCUGUUCUCUGGUGGUCACUGGAAAAUGCAGCUGCUGUUCUCUGGUGGUCACUGGACAAUGCAGCUGCUGUUCUCUGGUGGUCACUGGACAAUGCAGCUGCUGUUCUCUGGUGGUCACUGGACAGUGCAGCUGCUGUUCUCUGGUGGUCACUGGACAAUGAAGCUGCUGUUCUCUGGUGGUCACUGGACAGUGCAGCUGCUGUUCUCUGGUGGUCACUGGACAAUGCAGCUGCUGUUCUUUGGUGGUCACUGGACAGUGCAGCUGCUGUUCUCUGGUGGUCACUGGACAGUGCAGCUGCUGUUCUCUGGUGGUCACUGGACAGUGCAGCUGCUGUUCUCUGGUGGUCACUGGACAAUGAAGCUGCUGUUCUCUGGUGGCUAGUGGACAAUGAAGCUGCUGUUCUCUGGUGGUCACUGGACAAUGCAACUGUUGUUCUAUGGUGGCUAGUGGACAGGGCAGCUGCUGUUCUAUGUUGGCUAGUGGACAGUGCAGCUGCUAUUCUCUGGUGUCCAGUGCUCAAUACAGCUUCUAUUUUCUAGUGGCUAGUGCACAGUGCAGCUGCUGUUCUCUGGUGGCUAGUGCACAAUGCAGCUGUUGUUCUCUGGUGGCUAGUGCACAAUGCUGCUGCUGUUCUCUGGUGGCUAGUGGACAGUGCAGCUGCUAUUCUCUGGUGGCUAGUGUACAAUGAAGUCCCUGUUCUCUAGUAGCUAGUGCCCAGUUCAGCCUCUGUUCUCCGGUGGCUAGUGGACAAUCAGUCCCUGUUCUCCGUUGACUAGUGCACAGUGCGGAUGCUGUUCUCUGGCUGCUAGUGGACAGUGCAGCUGCUGUUCUCUAGUGGCAAAUGUGCACAUUGCAGCUGCUGUUCUUGUGGCUAGUGGACAGUGUAGCUGCUAUUCUCUCGGCUAGUUCACAAUGCAGCUGCUGUUCCCUGGUGGCUAGUGGACAGCGCAGCGCCAUUCUCUAAUGGCUAGUGGACAGUGCAGAAAACAGCUGCUGCAUUGUGCACUAGCCACCAGAGACCAGCAGCUGUUUUCUGGUUGCUAUUGGACAAUGCAGCUGCUGUUCUCUGGUGGCUAGUGCACAAUGCAGCUGUUCUCUGGUGCCUAGUGGAAGCACAGCUUCUGUUCUCUGGUGGGCAAUGCAGCCGCUGUUCUCUGGUGGCUAGUGGACAGCACAUCUUCUGUUCUCUGGUGGCUGGUGGGCAAUGCAGCUGCUGUUCUCUGGUGGCUAGUGGACAUUGCAGCUGCUGUUCUCUGGUGGCUAGUGGACAUUGCAGCUGCUGUUCUCUGGUGGCUAGUGCACAAUGCAGCUGCUGUUCUCUGGUGGCUAGUGCACAAUGCAGCUUAUGUUCCCUGGUGGCUAGUGUACAGUGCAGCUUCUGUUCUCUGGUGGCAAGUGCACAAUGCAGCUGAUGUUCAGUGGUGGCUAGUGUACAGUGCAGCUUCUGUUCUCUGGUGGCUAGUGGACAAUGCAGCUGCUUAUCUUUUUUGGCUAGUGCACAGAAAUGAGCACAUUCUCUUGUGGCAAAUGUGCAAUCCAGGUUUCAAUCUCCGGUGGCUAGUAUACAAUUCAAAGUCUGUUCUCUGGUGGCUAGUAUAUAGUAUAUACAGUAGUAAAGUAAAAAAACACACACACACACACACACACACACACACACAUAUAUAUAUAUAUAUAUAUCUCCAUCGAGUACAGCUUUUCUUGAAGUCUUAUUGUGUUGCUCCAGAAGAAGUAAAAGCACUUCCCCCA